CGAUCCCAAAAGAUAAAUGCAUCCAAUCAUGAUAAGCAUAGCCAUUUUCGUGGGACCCAUGAAACGCCCACGACAGAAACAUAAAUUUCAUUUUUCUAUCAUUAUAUUAAUUUUAUAUACGCUUUCUUUUCUUGCACAGAGAUAUUUUAUCAAUCCGACACACUUAUGAAACCACAACAUCCUUUUUUUACACAUUUUCACAAUGUAAUUGUAAUUGUCGGAGUGUCAAUAGUCAAAAAAUGGUAGAAAAUAUUUAUUUUAUUAGUUAAAUACCAUAAGAAUCAUGUUGGUACUCUUGCAAAUCCACACCUAAAAAAGAAAAACUAGCCAGAUCAAACAACAUCGAAAAUUAACCCCCAAGGUUUCAUAAUAAAUAUACUCAAAUCUUGUACAAUAAAAACAAUAGUUAAAAAGGAAACAAAUUCAUAAAAACAAAACUUUCCCGUUUCAUUCGUUUAAGUUUGAAGCAGACGUUGCGAAAGUGUAUUUUUGAAAAAAAAGUAAAGAAAAAUGGUAAUCUUUUCUUUUACACAUUACAAAAAAGAAGAAAAGAAAAGAAAAAAGUUUAAAAAUUGCCAUUUGUAAUAGUUUGCUUGAAGUAGAACCUCUCUACCUCUCUCUCUCUGUCUUUUUCUCUCUCACUCUCUCUCUUUAGGGAUUCUUUUCUCUACAAUCAAAGCAAAGCUCUAGAAAUUUUCCUCUCUCUCUCUUUCUCUUCAAACUUUUCCAAGCUUCCUAAAUAGAAAAUGCACCAGCUUUCUACAACUUUACAUAUAUCCACAGAGGAGUCUACAAGAGCUUGAGGCGUUAGGAGACUUACAUUACUGAGAAAAUGGAAGGAGAGUCGUUUGGUUUGAUCGUUGGGAUCUCACUCGGUGUGGUGAUUGGUGUGCUCUUAGCUAUUUCAGCGUUCUUCUGCUUUAGGUACCAUAGAAAGACUUCUCAGAUUGUCAACAGUGGCGGCGGUGGCUCAAGCAGAAGAAGUGCGACGCUUCCCAUCAGAGAGAACGGUGCUAACUCUUGCAACAUUAUGUCUGAUUCCACUCUUGGUCCUGAUUCGCCUGUCAGAUCCUCCAGCAAUGGGAGGUCUGGUUGGCUUGAUGGGUUUAGUAAGAAGACAAGUGUCAUCUCUGCUUCUGGCAUUUUGGAAUAUUCUUACAGGGAUUUGCAGAAAGCAACAUGCAAUUUCACGUCUUUGAUAGGCCAAGGAGCAUUUGGACCUGUCUUCAAAGCCCAAAUGUCCACCGGUGAGACUGUUGCUGUCAAAGUUCUCGCCACUGAUUCUAAACAGGGCGAGAAAGAGUUUCAGACAGAGGUUAUGUUAUUGGGAAGGUUGCAUCACCGUAACCUAGUGAACUUGGUGGGCUAUUGUGCAGAGAAAGGACAGCACAUGCUUAUAUAUGUCUACAUGAGUAAAGGAAGUUUAGCUUCUCACUUGUACAGUGAAAAACAUGAACCGUUGAGCUGGGAUUUGAGAGUAUACAUUGCUUUAGACGUGGCACGCGGUCUAGAGUAUCUUCAUGAUGGGGCUGUUCCUCCUGUUAUCCACAGAGAUAUCAAAUCCUCCAACAUUUUGUUAGAUCAAUCAAUGCGAGCUCGGGUAGCUGACUUUGGCCUGUCUAGAGAGGAGAUGGUAGACAAGCAUGCUGCCAACAUCAGAGGAACGUUUGGUUAUCUCGAUCCAGAGUACAUCUCCACCAGAACAUUCACCAAGAAAAGCGAUGUUUAUGGAUUUGGGGUUUUGCUUUUCGAGCUUAUAGCUGCAAGAAACCCUCAACAAGGGCUAAUGGAAUACGUUGAGCUGGCGGCGAUGAAUGCAGAGGAGAAGGUCGGGUGGGAAGAGAUUGUGGAUUCGAGAUUAGAUGGGAGAUUUGAUCUACAAGAAGUGAAUGAAGUUGCGGCUUUUGCUUAUAAAUGCAUCUCUCGUGCACCGAGGAAACGUCCCAACAUGAGGGAUGUUGUGCAGGUUUUGACUCGUGUCAUUAAGGUGAGACAUUCAAGAAAACGUCAGAAAAAAUCUGCUUCGCCUUCUCCGCUUCCCCCUACGGUGGAGUCUGGUGGUGAGCAGACUGGAAAUAGAUCAGUUCGGUCGGAAAAUCAUAGGAGAGAUAACUCCAUGGACAGUACACUUGAAGACUAUUGUUAAAACAAAAUGUGUGUUUUAAGUUUCUUAUUAUUGUUUUUAUUGAAUUUUAUUUAUUUUUGGGUGGGCUUUAGGAUGAUUUGUAGAUUUGGUUAGGAGGGAAUCCACUGAUGUUGAUGGUAACUGAAAUUUGGUUAACAGGAGCUUGUCUAUAUGUUUCUUUUGUGAAUGAAAAAGUCUUGUUUUUUUGUAAAA